AUGCGACGAGGGGAAAUUCGUGGGUUGUGCUCCUACCGAAAUCCCAACCCAGCCGCCAACGACGACGACGCCUACAACCACAAAGCCGACAACAACAACCACGCCUACAACCACCACGCCCACAACCACAAAGCCGACAACAACGACCACUUCUACGACCACCACAAUAAAGCCGACAACGACAACGGCCGCGACCACCACAAGUACAAGGACUACGACAACCACGCUACCGACAACGACACUGUCAACGACAACGGUUACUACGACACCCAGUACAACGGUGAGGCCAACUACGGUAACCGUAUCCACAACAGCACCAACGACAACAACCACCACAACGACAACAACACCCUCCACAACGACCACAACGCUCAAGCCCACGAUAACCACACCAACAACAAUAACGACAACCACUACAACGACAACCACUCCAUCAACAACUACCACAACAUUCAAGCCGACAAGAACAUCUAUUCCAACGUCCACAAACACGACACCCAAACUGACAACGACCACUACACCAACAACAGUCACUCCCGCAACAACAUCUGACACGACAUCGACCAGUCACACGCUGAAUACAUCGACUACCACUGCGCCAGCUCCAUCGGUAAUACCUAACAACUGUACAUCGCAAGAUAAAACAACAGAAGGCGGCGUUGUCGCUUUUGGUGGUGAUUUUGCCAUACAAACCAAUCGAAAUGUCAUCUGGGAUAGAAUCCGUAUUUUGGGAA